AAUCAGAAGUGUCUAGUUACAAUCUCAUGUGAUGUAGUCGGCUGGCCGCCCACGGCCCGCUCGGCUCACCUCACCAGCGUUCGAGGUGCGCCCGAAGGUGCCGCCCGCCCUGCCGGCGCCCCGCGCGGGGCCGCCCCGCCCGCUCGCCGCCGGCCCGCGCUCAGUCCGCGCCCGACCGUGCGCCGUGGCGGAGUGCGUGCUCAGUGUUGUGUGCGUCGUGUAGCCGUAGCGUGCAGUGCCAAGUGCCGUCAGCCGUGCGCCGCCGACGAGCCGCGCAGCCUCCUGCGGCCACUGACCCCACGUCUCGCCUCUCGCGACCGUCGCGGGCACGCCUGUGGUGACGCUCGCGCACUGUUGCAGAGCCGCAGCGGCGCGGGCGGCAGCGCGAGCGGCAUGGAGUGCGGCGUGGCGGCGGCGGGCGCCUUCCCCCCGCGCGCGCGGCCCGCGCCGCCGCUGUCGCCCACGGAGCGCUCGCCGGCCAAGGCGGGCCUGCACGUCAACUUCAGCGACAAGGGCGAGGUGAAGGAGCGGCGGGAGAAGUUCCUGACGGCCAAGUACGGCAGCCACCAGAUGGCGCUCAUCCGCAAGCGGCUCGCCGUCGAGAUGUGGCUCUACGACGAGCUGCAGAAGCUGUACGAGGCGCCCGGCGCGGGCGCGGGCGCGGCGGGCGGCGGGGACGCGGAGGUGGAGGUGGACAUCGACGAGCUGCUGGACAUGGACAGCGACGAGCUGCGGCGGCGACACCUCGCGACGCUGCUCGCAGACGCCAAGAAGCCCCAAAAAGAUGUACAUAAAUUUAUCAACGAUUUAUUAGAAAAAGCUAAAACUCUUUAAGUAAGUAAUAGUAAACGGAACCAAAUCUCAUCUUCGCCUGGCUCCUGCGGCGGACGCGCGGCGAGCGGCGCAUCGCAGCGCCCCACAGCGCCGCGACAGGCGCGUCGCAGCGCCACACACCGCCGCGACAGGCGCGUCGCAGCGCCACACACCGCCGCGACAGGCGCGUCGCAGCGCCAGGCGCAGACCAGCGCAUACAUAUCACGGCGAGCGGCUGCAGCGACUGCCGGGGCUAGCCGCCGAGCAGCUCGUCGAUGCGUCCGUGCAGUCGUAGUCUGACGACAGGCUUCCACUGCCGUCAUAUAAAUGACUUUGUAAUUUAAAAAUAUGUUUUGUACACUCGCGUAGGGCCCUCGGGAAAGUGUCGGCGCGUCUCCCCGCGACCCGCCCCCGCACUCGCCGUCGCCGUCGCGACUAAUGUUCGCGUUCACGUCACGGCUCACGUCACGGCUCACUGGUGGUCAGUGGAUAGGAACCGAGCAAGCGUUUCAAAUUACCUAAAUGCUUAAACGUUGUAUAUACUCGAAGGUAUAAGUUUGUCCUAUUCUUAAAUUUAGCCGUUCCGCAUCCCGUAGAAACUACGAAAAGCAUAAUCAAAGUCACGUUUCCCGCGGCGUGUAGAUACGGGUGCGCGGCGUGUACGGGUGCGCGGCGUGUACGGGUGCGCGGCGUGUACUUCUGGCGCACAUUCCGCGUCGGUCGCCUUCACCACGAUAUUUGUAUAUUUAAGUUGGAAUUAUAUUAAUAAGGCGGAAUUAUAUUAGUCUGACCUGACGUGUCGUGUCGUGACGUAUCAGAACAGAAUCGAUAUUAUGUUUGUAUGGCGACGUACACUUACUCGUAUGUAUUCUGACAUGUCGUGAUGACUUCUGAUAUGUCGAUGUCUGACAGACCCUAUCCCGGUUCGCGUCAGAGCGGCGGGUUGCGGGGGAGCUGAAACGACGCCAUCCCGACACGGACACAUCAGAGUAAUGUGCGUCGCUUGUUCAUUUACGUAAAGAGCAGCGGCUGUAAUGAUUCAAAACAUUGUCCUGAUGCGUCAGAACACGACUUAUAAUGUAAACACUUGCCAUCACAUCAUGACACGUGGCGUCACGUCAUGACACGUGGCAUCACGUCAGCCAAAUAUAUAUCUGCCUUUAGAGUGAUCGUGUCGUAUCAGAACGAAAUCGAUUUCAUGUAAUGCUAUGGAAGCGUUCACCCUUGUCGUGCGCCUCUCGUCGUGACGCAAUGUGACGUGUCGCGUCAGAAGUAUUUAGGGUCACUGGCAAUUUUUAGUUGGCCGACUAUCGAACAACUAAGUUGCUAACGCUUACAACUUAGUUGUUUUUGUUUUAUUUUUAAACUUUGACACAGCCAAAAUUUAACAGUUAUUUAUAGCAGAACUGAAAAAAAUAUGGAAAAACACAGAGAUAAGAACAUGAUACAUUAAUGGAAACAUGACUAGAUGCUAGGGAUGAGACCCAACAUGUCGUCAACUCGUCACCGAGCGUCAGAACCAAAGAGUAAAUCGUAUACCUCCCUGUUACAACGCGACGUGUCAUCGACACUCGACACGAUAGAUCUAAUAACUAUAAUUCCGUCUUUAUUCGGCGUCGGCGACUAUAAAUAAACAUAGAUUCAAACUGAGAACAUCCCUUUUUGUAGUCGGUUUAUAAUAUAAGAUUACAAUAUCGAUUGAGUUAAGUUUCAGAUAACGGUAUAAAAGUAUUAUUUUUAUUGUACAAAUAAGAAAAGAUGAAAAAAUUACAAUGUUUGAUUUUUUUUUAAAUUUAGUUUAGAAUAAUUUGUGGUUUUUUUACAUCAGCCAAGGUUCUACGCACUUUAUUAUUUACGCACGUCGCACGCGCACGUCGGCACGCGCACGUCGCACGUCGCUCGUCGCUCGUGCGGAGUGCGCGUGUCGGCGUAUCCCGGAGGCCGCCGUAGCUGGUAACGAUAACUAAUGAUAAUAGCUAUAAUGAUAUAAUUGUCAGUGUAAGUGUAGCGAGUCGUCGCCGGCGCGCCGCACACUGCCGCUGGCUGUUGCUGUCAAGUGAUGAUAGACUUUUGUAAUAAAUUAAUUUAAUAAAA